GGCCCGGAUCCGGAUCUGGCUGUGGCUUGCGGCUCGGGAGUGGGAACGCGGUAGAGAUGGCCACGGGGACAGACCAGGUGGUGGGACUCGGCCUCGUCGUCGUUAGCCUGAUCAUCUUCACCUACUACACGGCCUGGGUGAUUCUCUUGCCAUUCAUCGAUAGCCAGCAUGUCAUCCACAAGUACUUCCUGCCCCGAGCCUAUGCUGUCACCAUCCCCCUGGCCGUCGGCCUCCUGCUGCUCCUGUUUGUGGGAAUGUUCAUCACCUACGUGAUGCUGAAGAACCGGAAGGUGACCAAAAAGGCUCAGUGAAGGCCCAGCGGGGCUGAGGCUGCCGGCCCUUCUUGUGCCUCCCCUCCAGAGGUGGGAGUGCGUAGGACCCAUCCAGGCACAGCAGCCCCCUCCAGCCUGGCCCCCGUGGGGUGGAGCUGUUCCAGACCUACCACACAGGCCUGCUCCUUCCCAGCCCAGCAUUCCAGAAGCCAGGAGGGAGGAUUACCUGGAAGCCUCCCCCUUACCCUUUCUGGCUCAGAGCCUGAAAGAUGGUGGUCAUCCCCACCCACCUCACCUUCAUGCUCCCUGUCGCCUUCUCCCCUGGGUUCUACCCUCUUGUUUCAGUUUCCCUCCUGUUACCUGCUGAUGUUGGACUUGGUAGGUUCUCAGGUAGCACAUGACCUUUCCCCACAGGUCCUGCUCCUCCUCGGGGGUGGCUUUCCCAGGUCUGACAUAGCCCCAGGCCCUGCAGGGACUUUUGGACCUAGAAUGCAUAAGGGGAGGACUGACAGGCUCUGGGGUUACCACCAGCCCUCAGGGUCCAUUAGGGCGGCCACAGUGGGCCCCCAGACCAACUGCUUCUCAGAGAGGCCUCGCCCCGCCAGCCCCGGCGCCGGCCAGCUGGGGAGAGCUGAGCAAUAAACGCUGGUGAUGUGUU